AUGUCGAGAAACACCAGUGCUGAGGCUGCAGCAAGCUCUGCGCCUCGUAAAGGCCCUUCGACCUACUCUCUCUUCUCUGCAGAUUCGUCUGAGGACUUGCUCGACGGACUGGAAGACUUUCCGCUCGUUCCGGACACCAGUUUGGUCCAUGCUACAACCUCUGUGCCAUACGACAACGCGAAUGAUUCGCUGAAGGACGCAUUUCUGGAGAUGGGCUCCCCCGCGGCCUCCACUACGCCGGGAUCUCAGGGUGUUGGGUUGUUUGCACACGAGCAGCAGGUUUAUCUUGAUCAGCAGUCCAUGUCAGAGCGCGAUGGCAUCGAGAGGCCACGAUUACACUCGGAGACGACCGUGACGCAGGUCUUUGUCCGCGGCCGUGCUGCAUCUAGCUACGCGGACAAUGCUCGCGUCUCCCCUCAUGUGAUGAGCCCGAGCAGUAGUACUGCAUCGUCAUACAGCUCAACCCCAUCUACGCCUCAGCUGCCAAACGUUGCUGUAGGAACUCGAAAUCCGACAUCGCCGCCUUGGGACCCGUCAUCAUAUGCCUCCGAUACGGACGUUCAUCCUCAAGGGGGCUUCGAGAUGGCAGCCCGUUCUUCUCAGAGAUCAUCCCGCUCUGGCCCCUUCAUUCAGCACAAGCGCUCCAACCAGCAUAUAUCUCGCCAAGAUACUGCGCCGCCCUCCCCAACAACCGUACCUCCGUCGAUGUCUGGCUCGCGCCACACGCACUCAGAACGCCCUGUCGGCUCGAUGAUCUCCGCCUAUCAACCUCAAGGGGAGAUAGGGAGACAAGACAUUCGCCAUGAUCUGACUUCAGCAUUGGAUGUCCUUCACGCCGAGAGGCGUCACCUACCCGCGGAGGAUAUCGAUGAGCUUUACGACGACUUCGAUCCUUCAAAGCCCUUUACGCGCAUGGCGUCGGAGGAAUCGUACGCUCAGCCUCCCAGCCCAACCAUGACCGUAUUCUCGUCUCUCGAUGACGAUCUCUUACCCGACUUCCUCGACCUAGAUGGAGAUGACGCCAGCAGUCGCCAGUCCCACACCAGCUCCCGUCCUUUCAGUAUAUUACCCGGCGUAGUGGAGACCAAUUCCGAGCGAUCAACGCGAGCGGACGGAAAUGUGUUCCAUCCCAACACGACGCCCUUACCGCGGGCGCCCGCAACGUCUACCCACACGCAUGAUCAAGUGCCGACGUCCACCCACAACAGAUACGCGGACCCAGUUAUCCCAACCAUGCAGCCGGCACCAGGCCCUCGCAAGGCUCAGAGUCUGUCGAAUCUUGCGGGGCAAGCAUCGCAACGUCCCCUGUAUAAUCGACCGGUUCUCCAGCAUAGUGCAAGCUCCCAGCGCUUGUACGAUCAUGCUCGCACUUCACCUUUGGGAGGAGCGGACUUCUCCAAGCCCUUGCCUAUGGCGCCUCCAUCACACCCGGACGGGAACGACCACUCGCGUGCAUCCUCCUCUCAGCCCAAUCAACCGGUGUCGAGAUCUAGGCGGGUCUCUCCCUUGUCGCCGCUUUCGGAAUCUCAUCCCUUUUCCGCUCACAUGGGCGUACCUUCACAUUCUCCGGAGCCGUCGUCUCAGUCAGAGUCGCGACCUCGCGCAUUAUCCUCGCUCGAUAUGCAGGCCAUCAACAAUGCUCAGCAAAGGCUACAUCACUCCGCGUCGCGUGAGAGUGGCCUAACAGGCACUGCGAGCUCGCGUUCACGAUCAUCUACAACGUCUUCUUGGGACUUCGUGCCACGGAAGAAAGUCGACCCUGCAAUUCCGCCCGAGCUCGCCGCGAGUAGAAUACCGGGUACGGCUAGCAUGCUCACACCGCCUAUCACGCGCCAGAACUUCUCCCCUACGGAGACUUCGCGCCCUAGUGUCCAUCGCAUCCUACAACAGCACGGGAUCUCAGGCGGUCGCCCAGAAUACAGUCCAACGGCAUCCAGCUUCGAACAGUCCAUUUCACGACGUGGCUCCACGAGGAGUGCGAGCGCCCGUUCAACCGCAUCGUCUGGCAGCUCUCAGAACGCCAUCGACGGCACUCAGUCGAAGGGGUCGGGGCUGUCUGACUUGCGCCAUAAGAUUUCCGGACUAUUGCGACCGACGCAGGACCUUUCGCCUCGUUCUCCAGAGUUCGAGUCGCUGCCUAGUCCGGGAAUGCCGAAACGCCAAGGGAAGGGCAGCAACGAAGGCUCUUUCACAGCGCCCCCAACCCCGGGUCUCAAUGGACAUCCAAUGCGAUCACGGGCACUAUCGAAGAAGAGUUCAGAGCAGCUCGCGCCACCUCACUCACCCAGGACCAACGCGAUGUCGCGUCAGUCAUCCACAACUACGCGCGGUUCGACUUCACCUCAGCCGGAGCUCGAGUCGUUCAUACCUGACGAGCUGACAGACAAGCCGCUCAAAAAGAAGCUUUUCGGAGGACUGGGGUGGUAG